AAUGUUUUCCCCCUUCCCACACAAUCUCUCUCUUUAGUGUCUCUCCCUCUCUUAUUCUCUCCCAGACUCCAUUGGAAGCCUGGAACAUAUAACAUAUUCUAUAGCAGCAAGCAACAAAAUUAUCUGGAGAUAACAAAGGUGUAUUUGAGGCUAAGGAGAAUUAAUUCGUUGAGGCUAAGGAGAAUUUUCAAAUUGUGUUUUGAAUCUGAACCAACUUAAUUGUGAAGAUUACAACAUGGCCUCUAGGCUUUUAGCGAAUUUGAUUGUUAUGGGGUCUGGAAUAAUGGCAAGGGCCGUUAUGCAAGCAUAUCGCCAGGCACUUACAAAUGCCAAUAAAUCUGGUGUUGCUCAAGGAACUAUGCAGAAUGUUGUUAAUAGAGUCAAAGGGUUAGCUGAACCAGAGGCAAGGCAGAUUCUAGGGGUCACCGAGAAGUCAUCAUGGGAGGAGGUUUUGCAGAAAUAUGACACUUUGUUUGAAAGAAACGCAAAGACUGGAAGCUUUUAUCUGCAAUCAAAGGUUCACAGGGCUAAGGAGUGUUUACAAGCUCUGUACGAGACUAAAGGUCAGGCGACAGUAGGCUGAUUUUGAAGAGUGGUUGCUGCUGAAACAGUAUUUGAAAUUUAUUGUUUUUGUAAAAAGUUAAUAAUGUUGGUGUUAUCCUUCUACUGGAUUCACCCUCUCCGGAUGCUAAGCAGGCUCCAUCUCGGACAGUUCAUCCCACUCACGGUGCAUUCCGCGGUUCAAUUCUUCGGUGUGUCUAUCAUUGCUCUUGUUUUCUUGUGUUUUUGAAUUUUUUCGGAAAUUUUUACAUUUUUCUUGUGGAAUCAGUAUUUAUAGUGAGUAAUAUUUAUUUUUCUGAA